AAUACCACGGCACUUGGCGCAGGCUUCGGCCUGCUCGAGUCCGGCUGCGUGUCGCGAAAGAACGAGGUCAACAUCCUCAUGAAGAACGUGGCCGACGUGGUCGUGGGCGGCCUGGGUUACUGGAGCUUCGGCUACGGCCUGCAGUUCAGCUCGGGCGGCGGCAGCGCGCUGUUCAACGGCUUCGGCUUCUUCCUGGUGGACGCCGACCCGCAGGACAUGGGCCGCACGUUCGCCUGCUUCCUGUUCCAGCUGUCGUUCGCCACCACGGCCACGACCAUCGUGUCCGGAGCGAUGGCCGAGAGGACCAGCUUCACGGCGUACUGCCUCUUCUCGUUCCUCGACACGCUCGUCUUCUGCAUCCCGCCUGGUUGGCUCUGGGCCAGCCGAGGGUUCCUGCGCCAGCUGGGGGCGCUGGACUUUGCGGGCGCCGGGUGCGUACACCUGCUGGGCGGCACGUCGGCCCUGGUGGCCGCUGCCUUCCUGGGACCCAGGACUGGACGCUACGGAAGCGGCCCGCCGCCCGAACUCGGAAACCCGACCAGCGUGCUGCAGGGUGUCUUCACGCUGUGGUGGGGUUGGUUGGUUUUCAACGCCGGCAGCACAGUCGGCGUGACGAAUAACAAGUGGAAGUACGCAUCAAGGGCGGCUGUCACCACCAUCAACGGUUCGCUCGGAGGAGCCCUUGUUGGAAUACUGUUGUCGUACGCCAUACACCGGAAAUUUCUUGUCCUCAACAUCGUGUGCGGUCUCCUGACCGGGCUUGUUUCAGUUACAGGCGGCUCGGCGUACCUGGGCGCCCUGGACAGCGUUCUGGUGGGCUCGCUAGGCGCCCUGCUGUCCAGCGGCGUUUCUCCACUGCUUAGGAAGCUCCGCAUCGACGACCCCGUGGACGCGGUGUCCGUACACGGUUGCGGCGGUGCCUGGGGCCUGCUGGCCAUCGGCUUAUUCGUGCACGACCUCGCCGAUGACGACGACCAAGACGGCCACUGUAGCCGCUGCGGGCUUUUCAAGGGAGGUAGCGCCUACCUACUCGCCAUACAGGCGCUCACGUGCGUCUCUAUCGUGCUCUGGAGCGCCGUGACCACUUACAUUCUGCUCGUGGUCGUGAACUGGCUGGUGCCCAUCCGCAUGAGCCUCGAACACGAGGUGCUGGGUGCCGACCUUGUCGAGCACGGCAUCGUGCAUCCGGACAUCGACUACGCGCAGCUGCUGAGAAACAACGGACUGGAUCCCAGCAAGCUGCUGCCGCCCGGUAUGGCAGACCGGCUCGACAGGGAAGCAUGGGACCUGCGCCUGUGCCGCAGCUACUUGGCCGAACGGCUCGGGGGACGGGCCGUCCAGCAGCGCGAACCAAAUGCCUUAUGGAAUUUCUUCAGGGGGCGCCAAGUGAAGCACACGCUUCCAUGAGCCGGCCGAGGAGUCCUCUGUAAACGAUCGCUGUGCAGUUAGACAGCAGCGUUAAUUUGCUUCUCGC